AUGUUAGUAGAAUACGAACCUCUAAAUAAAAUCUCUAAAUAUUCACAGUCAAGUGUCAUAUAUGCUACAGUAUCUGUAAUCAUUUUCACAGUGCUAUUUUACACAACAUUUAUACAAGAUCCUAUACCUAAUCCUCCAGUAUCAUAUGGUAAAUCACUUCUACCACAAGUUGUAGUUGAGAAAAAAGUGGACAACUUUGAUCAUAAUAGGACUGAUAUACUGCCUAAAACAGGAGUAAAUGCAAUUAAUGCUCUACCACCGUUCUUACAAAGCACGACACAUUUACUGGUGAGAUAAAACAUUAUUUUUUACUUUACUAAAUUGGUAAAAAAGCUUAUUCUGUUGCUUGUCCUUAAUUUAAAAAAAUAAUUUUAGUUUGCACAACAGUUCAAAGUGGGAGCAUGUUUACUGCCUAAGGUUAUGUCAACCAUCAUGACUGGUGUGAUGUGUUACCUACACAAUCCAAACAAUUUUACGUCUCAUGGAAGAACAAUUCCUACUGAAACUUAUGUUACAAGGUAUGCUAAACAACUAGAAGAAAAGAUUAGAGAGUAAAAAUAGAGAAGAAAAGGGGUAGUAAGUAAAAGCCAGCGUGAAGUAAUAAGAAGAAAAACUAGUAAAAAAACUUUUUACUUUUCUAGGUUUUGUCGUGGAGAUGUGGAAAGAGGCAACGUUACUUCAUGGUACAACCAAUUCAAUAAAAACAACGACUACAGUGUCUUCACGGUUGUUCGAGACCCAAUUGAUCGGUUCAUAUCGGCCUAUGUAGACAAGUGUUACAUGUAAGUGACACUUUGAUCACACGUCAAACCUUUUAUGCCAUAAAAAAUCUAUUCUAAAAAUUUGUCUUUGUUUUUAAAUACUUUGAGGUUGUGAAGUAAGGAGGAAAAAUUUUCAGAGAACACCGCACAAAACCAAGAAACUUACACAUUGGCUGUUAUGGCUGUUCUGAAGAUAUGAAUUGUUUCAUACGAAGAAUGAAGGAUCGGUUAUGGAAAUACGUAGCCGAUACUACAAUAAUAUUGAGCAUGAUGGACAUACACAUUAUUCCACAGACAUGGUAUGUAAUAUUUAUAUCUUAUGCACUUUUUAAUAUAUAAAAUUAAGUUUUUUUUUAGUUUUUAUUACAACUUUGUUUUUUAAAAACUUUUUAUUUUAUAACAAUAGAUUUAAAUUUUAGGCACUGCGAGAUGAAAGAAUACAUGAAAAGGUUUAAAAUCUUCCGGUACGUGUCAAGUUCAUCUCAAGAAUACGAAAUCUUCCUCACUGAACUCACUGAUAUGCUAAAAUCACAUAACGUGCCACAAGAGAAUAUUGAUUAUGUUCUUCAUGGUCUUACUGGUGGUCAUUCCCCUCAUACAACCACCAACUCAACGAUUAGAGCUAAAUACAAAAAACAGUUAAUGUCGGAUCCAGAGCUGUUAAAAAUAAUAGUAGAUUUGUAUUACUAUGACUAUGUUACGUUCGGUUUUCCUUUUCCAUCACUUGAGUAA